AUGGAUGCAUUUAUUAACGAAUAUUUCCUUGUUCCAGACAUUCCAUAUUUAGAGCUGGCUGAACCCGACGAGGGCUACCAUGGACUGAUCCGGGAGAACGAAACCCUUGUCGAGGUGACGCCGACGAUCCGCGCGCGGGGGCCGCUAUGCUCGUUCCUCAUCCUCAACAACAAGCACCAUGGAGAGGCGCCGUUUGAGAUAAUGGUGAUAGACGAGAACGAGGCCCGGCUACGCGUGCGCUACCCGCUCAACUGCGAGAAGCGACGCAACUACAAGUUCGACAUCGCCGCGGUCGGCUGCGACGGUUCCUACUCGAACACCGUACCAGUCCACAUAACAGUGACGGAUGUUAACGAAUUCGCGCCAGUCUUCAGCCAGACGGCGUACGUCCGUUCUGUGGACGAGGGCAAGUUGUACGACGAAAUCGUGCGAGUGGAGGCAACCGACCGCGACUGCACGCCGCGGUACGGGGAUGUUUGCAAGUACGAGAUACUGAACGACGGUGAUAGGAACCAGCCCUUCACGAUCGAUAAUGAAGGUGUGAUCCGCAACACGGAACAGCUGGAAUACGAAAAGUCCCACAACCACAUUUUGUCUGUGGUUGCUUACGACUGUGGCAUGAUGCAGUCAGCGCCCGUCAUGGUCACCAUCAAGGUCAACAAACCCUGCCGAGCUGGAUGGAAAGGUCUUGCGGAACGCGUGGACUACGCCCCAGGCACCGGACCCCUGGCCCUGUUCCCCGCAGCGAGGCUGGAGGCCUGCUCCAGUGACGAGAGGUGUCCCGGAGUGACCCGCAUCCAAGCCGCCGUGACAUUACAGGCUUCCCGGGCUGGUGUCGCUUGCGACCGGGAUACUUACAGCUUGCAUUCACAACGAAAUAUCUGUGGUGUUGACGCGAAGACAGUCGACUUGCUGCCGAGCCCAGGCGUGGGUAACGAGUGGGCCAAGUCUCUGAAACCAGACUCAGGGCGUGACGGCGAGCAAAUGUUCGAAUUCGACGGAGAGUCCACAUCAGCGGUGGUCCCGGAGUCCAUCCUGGAACAUUCCCUUGGAAGUACCUUCUCCAUUUCGACCUGGAUGCGCCACGCUCCACCUCCAGACCACGAUAAACAUAGAAAGGAACACGUGCUCUGCUUGGCUGAUGAUCAUAAAAUGAAUCGACACCAUUACGCACUUUUCGUCCGGAACUGCCGUCUGAUUCUUCUCCUGAGGAGAGACUUCGGCGAGGGUGACUUGAACAUAUUCAGACCAGCGGAGUGGCGUUGGAAGUUGCCUGAGGUGUGCGACAACGAAUGGCAUCACUACGCCGUGAACGUUCGCUUCCCCAAUGUGGAACUGUUCGUGGACGGUGAGCCCUACCGCGCUCCAGAUGGCAAGGGGCCGGAGGUCAUCGAUGACUGGCCUUUGCACCCCGCCCACGGCAUCAACACCACCCUGGUCGUGGGAGCUUGCUGGCAAGGCACAGAAAGCGACAUGAAGCACCACCUGCACGGCUGGCUGGCCGGGCUGGGCGUGUUGCCGGGCGCCGUGCAGGCUCCACAGGCUCUGCGCUGUGCCGCUCGCUGCCGAGAGGGUCUCAGUUUGGCUCCCGACCUAUACCUAAGAUCAGUAUCAGUGGAGGGUGACGGCGCAGCGGAAGUAGAGACAUUAGUGCGACGUGUGGCUUACGGAGACGCGCGCGCUUUCCCCACGCCUGGUCGCAGAAACGUACACCUAGCUACCACUAUCACUUGCGACAACGGCCGUGUAAUCAAAGCUCGUCCCGCGGAGUCCUACGUCAUGGUCCUGGCUCCUCAGACGCCCACCAUCCUGCUCAACGGCAGCGCGGACGCGGCUCGCGACUACGCGCACUUCCGAGCUGGUCUACCGGUCUUCCCCGAUCUGAGGGUCCAAGUGUUGGCCAGAUCUGGAGACAGCGUUAGAGCGGAGAGCCAGAAGCUGGACUCGUGCGUAGUGUCGGUGUACCCGGCGCUCAACCCCGACCACGAGGCCCUGGCACUGCGCAGCGCACUGCUGCCCGACAGCGACGUGCGCGCCGCGCUCACCCGCGACGGCGUCAGCCUCUCCGGCGCCGACACCGUCGACAACUACCAGAAGGUGCUCCGCAACAUCGAGUACAGCAACAAGAAGCCCGCGUACUACCUCAACCGCGUGUUCAAGCUGACGUGCUCCGAGCUCAACGGGCGGUUCACCAGCAACGAAUACGUACAGACCCUGACGGUCGUGCACCCGCGCGCGGCGGGCGACGCGCACGCGCAGCGGCCCGCGGGGCUGGCGGACAAGCUGGACGUCGCCAGGGACAAGGUGGGACAUUCUUCUUACACUUAUACACUUGGGACUUUUGGGUCAAUUUGGGGGUACAACAAAUGCAUGGUCUUUGAGGCUAUCGGAACAAAAUGCCCCCCGAAUGGCCCACCCGUGCUUCUCUCUGGUAUACCCUUAAAAAUGGUGGAGCAAUUUAAGUAUCUAGGGCAUAUAGUUACUACUUGUCUCAAGGAUGAUGCAGACAUUGGGAGGGAGCGGAGGGCACUGUCAGUUAGAGCGAACAUGUUAGCUCGAAGUUAUGACCCUCUGGAGCACAUUUGGGUCGUCACGGACCGAGUUCAACAUCUCUUGAGCAAUGUUAACGCGAUGCUGUUGGUCGGAAUUGAGCAAUUUGGCACGAAUUUCGCGGCGACCCGCUUCAUGCCCAAAUCAUUAGUUACAAUCAAAUGGCUUGAGUCAAUCGAUAUGUUUAGGUUCUCGGCAAUUUCUCUAACGUGCACAGUGUUGUCGAUUCGUUCUGAGAGCGCCGUGUGCCCGCAGCCCGCCGCGGCCCCGCGCGUCUUCGCGGCCCACGCGCUGCGCUCGCCGCACGCGGCCGAGCUGCCCGCCGCGCGCCUGCUGGAGCUGCCGCGGGAGCGCGCCCCCAACAACGUGGCGGUGCUGAUCGGCGCGGUGUGCGUGGGCGCGGUGGUGGCGCUGGGCGCGCUGGGCGUGGUGCGCGCUCGCGCCCGCCCCCGCCCCCGCCCCGCCCUGCAGCGCGCGCGCCUGCCUGACGAGAUGGCGUGGGACGACUCCGCGCUCACCAUCACUGUCAACCCCAUGGACGAGGCGGCACCGGAGUGUGGUCGCGUGGCCAGUAGUGGCGCGGUCGCCGUGGAUAGCUCUGAUGGAGAGUCCUGCUCUGACUCUGAAUCCGAACACAAUGACUCCUCUGAUGAAGAUGAUGAAGUAGUUCCGGGCAAGCAACACAAGUACAGGAACAUCAGCCAGUUGGAGUGGGACAACAGCACGAUGUAAUGCAGUACUACACUAUCGCCGUCUCCCUCGCACGCACUCCUCUCGCUCGCACCGACCCGACCGACCCCGACCGACCCCGACCGCGGCCGAGCGCUCUUGAUACCGUGUAAACUAGCUGAUCUGGCGAAUUUUGUACCGCCAUUUUGCAAUAUAAAUAUCGCGGUCGUUAAUCGAAAUAAAAGCCUUUUAUUUUAAGUUGGACAAAGUAACAUGUUUUUGUAAAAUGUAUCCAGUGGUUUCUAAAUUAAUAAAAUAAGACUUUAUUGCUGUUUAACAAACUUACAAAACAUUGUUUAAUGUACUUAAUUAAUUAUGAAGUAUGUAACUUUGGAUUAUAUCUUCGGUUUACCAGUUUGAGUUUCUAGAAACAGCUUGUCUUUCGACAUAAACCUUUAAUGAUGUCUGUUUUUCAAAAUGAAUUAUACAUAACAUGGCAAAUGAAAUGUUCUCGGAUUGUAACGCACAGUGUACAUGUUACGUGUCGGUCGCGUCGGAAUACGAGCGAAAUUUCUUAGCACUCUUUUUAUAAUGGAAUUGAUUUUGUAGACGAAAAAAAAACACAUUUUUGUAAACGCAGAAAUCUAAAUUAAGGGAAGGCACAAAUUAGUUUACGUUAUACUUUGACCAACGUCCCGACGAAGUGAUUAUUAUUGAAGUAUCAUAAAAAUAAAUAAAUAGUGUUUAACGUGGGUGUAUUAUAAGUCUAAAAAUUGAUCAUAUCAAUACUAUACGUAAUACUUUCCCCCUCGCUUGCUUUCGUAGGACUCUCUGAGCGGGCGUAGUCCUCUGGUAUUCUGAACUGUACCUAUGUAUCAAAACUUAAUCGUUAUUUCGUAUGGAGUCGGUCGUAAGAGGAUUUUAGUGUUAAGCGAUGGAAUACUAUGUAUUAUAUAUUAAAUGUAAGACGCUUCGUCCGAUCAAUUCAUUUCGAAGAGCUCUUUCAACGAUGCAUUACCGAUACGCCAUAAUUAAUUUACGCAUUUAAUUAGUACAAUACGGACCACGUGGUCCGAGCAUUUUAUGUAACGGUACAAAAUAUUUCACACGUAGUUUAAUGUUUUACGAUGAACGGAAUGUCCACUUUCACCCUUUACGAGCUUCUCAAACGAAUCGGCUUAAAUGUAUAUUAGGCACAGAGUUAUUUGAAAAAAAAAAAAUAGAUGUACUAUACUAUACACUUACUUAUACAGACGAUAUCGUUUUAGUAUCAGCUACUAUAUGAAGUAACUAAUAUAUAAUUAUAUAUAUAUAUAUAUAUAUAUUUUGAAUGUGUUAAGGGAUUUUUACUAACAAUUAGGUAUUAAGUGGCUACGUGUUAGUGUCGCGGGGAACCCCCUAGCGUAAGAGUAGUUUCGUUUCUCGAUCCCGACUAGUGCCGUCUCGCUCGCACGCGCGACUCCGCAUCGCUCCGUCUCUUUCAGGGGUUUGCAUAUCAGGAUAGUUUGCCAUAUUAGUGUAGUCCGACUGUACUUGCGGCACUGAGCGACCUUCGCGACAUAAUCAUUGGUGUACCGUCUCUAGUUGACGUCGAGUGUUGUUCGUUCUGUCCCUUUCUAUCCGAGUUGGACUUUUGUGUGUUCGCACGUUUUGUUGUCUGUUCGUGUGCUCGGUACGAAACGUCGGUUGGAACGAAAUAAUUCGUCGGAUUUAUAUGAAUUUGGACUGUAUGACCAUUCGUUUAUGGUUUGAAAUGAUAAAAAUUUGGCAAAUAUGCAUUUCGUAUGACGGGCACAUUUUACAGGUUAAAUAAGGUGCGUAGUGGGUUCGGGAAGGUUGUACGAAUGAGUCCGGUAGCUUACAUUUUUCGCGCCAUUUUUUUGUGAAGUCAUGUAACGUUCCCGAACGCAGCACGCGCCAUAUUGUUUUCUGUUAAUUAUUUCGUUGAGUUUGCUUUUACUCGACAACCGUCCAAUGACACUUUCCCGUUUCUUUUUAUAGUUUUAAGAUCUGACUUUAUAAAUUUUGGCCACGACUCAAAGUAAUAGCACAAAAUGCAGAUUUUUUUUUUUUUUUUGAUUACUUUUCAAAAUGUACCAUAAGGUAGCUACUAAUCUUACUUUUAUAUUACCUAAUUAAUCCAUAUAUUUUUUCAUUUUUUUUUUGUAUUUUUGCGGUAUUAUUACUGUACCUAGGUAACUUCUUUGAUGUAUGAAUUAUUAUAUUUUAGCUAAAAAUAAAGUUGGUUUAAAAUAA